CUCCUUCAAAAACGAAAUGAAAUUCUCCAGCCGAAGAAGGACAAAAAAAAAUCUCACGCCUGCUGCCCCCCACCUCUGACCUCUCGCCCUCUCGCCGUCCAUGGAGUCCGUCGCGGCCGCCGCGAUCGCCACCACCACCCGGUCCGUCCCGCUCCCCUUCUCCUCCGCGCCGCUCCACCGCCGGCGCCGUUCCGCCUUCCUCCCCGUCGCCGCCUCCAAGCGUCACAACGACGACGACAAGGAGGCCGCGAACGGCCCCGGGCGCGAGCCCACCGGGCUGGCGCCGUACGGGCUCUCCAUCUCGCCGCUCUCCAAGGACGCGGCCAUGGGGAUUGUGGUCAGCGCCGCCACGGGGAGCGGCUGGACGACGGGAUCGGGCAUGGAGGGGCCGCCAACGGCGAGCAGAGCCGGUGGGGCGGACAGGCCGGAGGUGUCGACGCUCCCUUGGUCGCUCUUCACAAAAUCGCCGCGGCGCCGGAUGCGUGUGGCCUUCACCUGCAACGUGUGUGGGCAGCGUACCACCAGGGCCAUCAAUCCUCAUGCCUACACCGAUGGAACUGUGUUUGUUCAGUGCUGUGGUUGCAAUGUAUUCCAUAAGUUGGUCGACAACCUGAACCUGUUUCAUGAGAUGAAGUGCUACGUUGGUCCAGACUUCCGCUACGAAGGAGAUGCUCCAUUCAACUACUUUGACAAUAACGAGGAUGGCGAUACUAUCUUCCCACUCUAAACCCUUCUAAUUUGCUCGUGUAGCUGUAUGUAAUAAGCAGAUGAACCUUCCGGAACUUGUAAUAUUAUACUGAUGUAUAUAAUUGUUUGUACUUAACUAGUAGAGCAGACCUCGCUCUGCAGAAGUUAUACAGGUAGCAGAUAAUGGAAUAGAUAUGGAAGUUUAUAUGUGUUUGGCCUUGC